UUUUGAGACAGAGUCUGAUUUUCCCAGAGUGCCUCAAAUUUGUGAUCCUCUUGUCCCAGUCUCUGGAAUAACUAUGAUUACAAGUGUGUAUGAACCAGCCAGAAUUUUUUUUUUUUUUCAUGUGAAAUUGCAGCUUGCUUGAAGUGGAGUAUAGAGCUUAGGGUCCUGCUCUCUGGUUCCUCAAUACUCAGAGGCGGCCUCUGGGGAACUUCAGGUGACUUUAAAACCCUUUGAAGUACAGUUUUAAAUCACUUAGCCUUAAGCUUUCAAGAUUUUGUUUCUUCUGCUUCUAGGUAUGCAUUUAUCAUUUUGCUUCUCCCCACUUGUCAAAACAGUAAUAUGUUCACACUUGAUUGCCUUCAGAGACUUAGAAUCUUAAGCUGAAGGAAAAGGAUUCUAGCCACACAUUUACUCUCCUAUUCUGAGUCACUAGAGGAAUUUCCCAGUAGGGCAGCAUUCCUGAGAGUUGGGCUAGGCCAUGAGGACAGCAUUCUCUGAGGGGUGGAGUCAGAGCAAGCCAGGCCAGGAGCUCAUGUGUUGGGCUUACAAGUACCUUGACUGUAUCGCCCACAGGUGAUGGAGGACGAGGAGAAGGCAGUGGAGAUCAUGGUGAGCAACACGGGAGCUGCUCAUUCUCCAUCCCCCAUCCGCUGCUGCUGGCUCCGCCUCCGCUACUUGGCAGCUACUAGCAUUAUCUGUGGCUGCUCUUGCCUGGGAGUCAUGGCUCUUGUGUUUGCCAUCAAGGCAGAAGAGCGGCAUAAGGCAGGCCGGUCCGAGGAGGCAGUACACUGGGGGGCCCGGGCCCGGAGGCUCAUCCUGGCCAGCUUUGCUGUCUGGCUUGCUGUUCUUAUUCUGGCCCCCCUGCUGCUAUGGCUGCUCUCCUACGCCAUCGCUCAGGCUGAGUGACCCUGGGUGGCCUCUGCUAAGAGUCAGCUGAGACCUGGAUCCAACAGUUUGGUGACAGCAGUGGUCCUUCCUGGCAGGAAGGAUGGUGUCUCUCCCAAGGGCCUUUGGAAGAGCUCUUUUAGCCCUUUAUAAAAGGAGAGCAGCAGCUGAGACUGAUGAAGGGAGGUCAGCCUGCUCUGUUCUUUCAAUGCCCUCCACCUUCUAUCUCCCUACCCUGCUCCAUCCCAGGGCCUCUACCCAGAGGAGGGGUUGAUGACCAGGCCUGAUUUUAUUAGAAUUUGUUUUGUAAUAAAAAUCUUUU